UUCUAUGCUUACUUGGCUUUCAAAGUUAUUGUCGAGCUUCAAGGUACUGUUCAUGGAAUCUGCAAUGUCCGACAAUGGGUCAAUAGUAGCCGUGUCAGCAUGUCGACUUUUGCCGAGGGGGCUACUAUCGUCCAUUCCGGUGGUAGCAUCUUGUAUAUCCCACUGAACGCUGUCAUAUUCGUCGGUUUCUUCCAUGAUGUACUGGAGUGAGCGCACUUCGAAGGCCAAGUCGAAUGACUUAAAACGGUCAGCCAAGCAAGCGGGGAAUGAUCACGUGUGACUGUCUUCCAAGCUCAAUGGCUUCACAGCUCGAGAAUCGCGACGCUGUUCUUGAAGUUGAAGAGAGGAAAUGCCCACUACAUAUAUACCAACUGUGGUCAAAGAUGACGCUCACAGAGAAGGAGUUUGGGGUGUAGCCUGGUCAUCUGUGACCGAUACGGUUAUAACUGGAUCGUUGGACUGCACUGUAAAAUGCUGGGAUGGAGCAUCCGGAGACGAAAAAUUCAAACUGGAAGGACAUAGUACAGGAAUCAUUUCUGUGGAUACCAAUAGGAGUGGAUCAUUGGCUAUAUCAACAUCAAUCGAUUCAAACAUUCGUGUAUGGGAUUUGGAAAAUGAAGGAAAGCUAUUACAUAGCAUUUCAGCGCCACCAGGAGAGGCAUGGACAUCCAAGUGCAGCCCUGAUGGAUCACAUUUCGCUUCUGGCUCAUACAGCGGCCAUCUGAACAUUUACAAUAUUGAGAGUGGUCAACAAGUGUCAUCGCUAGCAACAAAGAAGCAAUUCAUCAUGUCAACUGCAUAUAGUGCGGAUGGCAAAUACUUGGCCUGUGGAGCCGAAACUGGCAUCAUAUAUGUCUUCGAUGUUGAAACUAGUCAGUUGGUACACACAUUAUCAGGACAUGCAAUGGCCGUUCGAACGUUAUCGUUUGCUGCUGAUUCUCGAACGUUAAUAAGUGGAUCAGAUGAUAAACGGAUUCAUGUGUAUGAUGUUGAACAUGGACAAGUGGCAGCGGCACUCACUGGUCACAACGACUGGGUUUUGUCGGUGGCAUCAAAUCCCAAUAUCUCCAAACAGCAAAUGGCAAGCGCAGGUUCAGACAAACAAGUCAAGAUAUGGGAUCUUGGAAUGCGACAAGUUCUGGAAACUCACGAAGUCCAUGUAGACCAAGUCUGGGGUGUUUGCUGGAAUUCAGAAGGUACAAAACUUGUAUCUGCUUCUGACGACAAAUCUAUCAAGUGGUUUGCUGCUAGCGGCUCAGGAUAGACAAUGUGUAUCGAUGCACCAUUCUGUAAAGAUGAUCAUGAUAGAAAGUUCAGUAGUUAGAAUUCAAUGUUUAGCUGCAAGUGAUUGACGGCCAAGGAAAGGAAGUACGCGAUGGUAUAAAAGUGCUACUGCCAGCGACUUUCAAUUUCUACCUCCCUUAAUUACAGAAACCAAUUUCAGUUUGUCGGCCCAAUUAAACACGCAAAAAAUUAUUUUUUUGGCACCCAAA